GUGACGCUGCACUCACGAACCUCUCUGAGACUUGGUAAUUUUUGGUCAAGAGAGAAGAACAACGGAUUAAAAUGUCGUCAACAGCGGGAAAAACAAUUACCUGCAAGGCGGCCGUCGCCUGGGAGGCUGGCAAGGACCUGACGCUGGAGGACAUCGAGGUAGCGCCGCCCAAGGCUCACGAGGUGCGCAUUGAGAUUUACUAUACUGGCGUCUGCCACACAGAUGCGUACACGCUCUCGGGUAAGGACCCAGAGGGUGCAUUCCCCAUCGUCCUUGGACACGAGGGCGCCGGUGUCGUCGAGUCUGUGGGUGAGGGCGUCACAAAUGUGAAACCUGGCGAUCACGUCGUCGCGCUGUACACCCCAGAAUGUAAGGAGUGUAAGUUCUGCAAGUCGGGCAAGACGAACCUGUGUGGCAAGAUCCGGGCUACCCAGGGCAAGGGAGUGAUGCCGGACGGGACGACGCGUUUCAAGUGCAAAGGCAAGGAUCUGCUCCAUUUCAUGGGCACCUCGACCUUCUCGCAGUAUACCGUCGUGGCCGACAUCUCCGUCGUGGCGGUGCAGCAGGAUGCCCCGAUGGAAAAGACGUGCCUCCUGGGUUGUGGUAUUACCACGGGCUACGGCGCGGCCAGGAUUACAGCAAACGUCGAGGAGGGCUCCAACAUCGCUGUCUUCGGUGCUGGGUGCGUCGGGUUGAGUGUUGUCCAGGGUGCAGUGGUGAACAAGGCUGGGAAGAUCAUCAUCGUCGACUUGAACCCGGACAAGGAGGAAUGGGGGAAGAAGUUCGGUGCGACGGACUUCGUGAACCCGUCCAAGCUGCCAGAGGGGACGAGCAUCCAAGACAAGCUCAUCGAGAUGACGGACGGAGGCUGCGACUACACCUUUGACUGUACCGGCAACGUCGGCGUCAUGAGGGCCGCCCUGGAAGCAUGCCACAAGGGCUGGGGUCAGAGUAUUGUCAUCGGAGUUGCUGCAGCGGGUCAAGAAAUCUCGACACGGCCCUUCCAGCUCGUGACCGGACGUGUCUGGCGCGGCUGUGCCUUCGGUGGCGUCAAGGGCCGAUCCCAGUUGCCAGGCCUGGUGACUGACUACCUCGAGGGACGGCUCAAGGUGGACGAGUUCAUCACGCACCGCAAGACACUGGCCGAGAUUAAUAGCGCCUUUGAGGCCAUGCACGGGGGUGACUGCAUCCGUGCCGUGGUUGAUAUGCGGAGUAAGUAGUUCUGCUUCGUCAAGCUGUAUCCAGACCACCCGUACACGUAUGAUGAGAUGAGGGGAAGUAUUCAUUCUAUCAUUUCUCGUCACUACCCUUGUCCCCUUUAGCUAUUUGAGUUCGGUCGCUCACGGCCGCGUCAAGGCCGCCCGAUCAGGGCUAUGCUCUGACGAGGAGCGACCUCGGAUCGACAUUCGGGAGAACGAAACCUCUUUCUCGGUCAAUCUAGACGUGCCACAGAUGAUGUGGCUUCGGAUGAAACCUGACGGGAAGGAUUCCAGAAUUGUCAAAUGUCAGGCAGAUGUUGCGACCUUGCACCGUGCUGCUUAUGUAUAAGUAUUGAGUUCGAAAAGUUAGGAGCAGAAUGCCAAAUAUAACUGCGUACAAGAAGGAUCAUGUCUUGGGAAAUGAAACUGUGAUGUUACAUAAUG